AUGCCGCCUCCUGAAUCGAUGGUUGACUCACGCACGGCACAUUUGUGCGAAUAUGCGGAGCUGCUUCAUAUACGUCGCCAAGCGGAGGUCUGUGAAGAGCUCUAUCCCGACCAGGAGAUUCUCGUGCAGUCAGUGCCCAAGGGUGGAAUCACCAUCCGAACGCUGCCGGCUUUUCAGGGAAAAUUGAACCGAGUGGUUGGGUGCGGGGAAGAGGGUGAAUUAGCCGACGCCGACUUGAACGAACUUGAGGCCGUAUUUGCAAGAGUCGGACUUGGACCCGAAAUCCAUCUGAGUCCGUUUGCACCACCGUCCCUGUUCGAAUUCCUCGCCUCUCGUGGAUACGCUGAAAUGGCCACACUGGCGACCCAUUGGUGUGACUUGAAGCAAAUUGUGAUUGCAAAUACAGCAACCCGCUCCACUGGGGCGACCGUGGCUGUGCGACAGGCCACGGUCGAGGAGAGAGAACGGUUCAUCGAGGCCUCCGCUGCGGGCUUUUAG